CUGGUAAGCGAAAUGGAGGGGUGUGUGUCUAACCUAAUGGUCUGCAAUCUGGCCUACAGCGGGAAGCUGGAGGAGUUGAAGGAGAGGAUCCUGGCCGAUAAAUCCCUGGCUACUAGAACUGACCAGGACAGCAGAACUGCAUUGCACUGGGCAUGCUCAGCUGGACAUACAGAAAUUGUUGAAUUCUUACUACAACUUGGAGUGCCAGUGAAUGAUAAAGAUGAUGCAGGUUGGUCUCCUCUUCAUAUUGCUGCUUCUGCUGGCCGGGAUGAGAUUGUAAAAGCCCUUCUAGGAAAAGGUGCACAAGUGAAUGCUGUCAAUCAGAAUGGCUGUACACCCCUACAUUAUGCAGCUUCCAAAAACAGGCAUGAGAUCGCUGUCAUGUUACUGGAAGGCGGGGCUAACCCAGAUGCUAAAGACCAUUAUGAGGCUACAGCAAUGCACCGGGCGGCAGCCAAGGGUAACUUGAAGAUGAUUCAUAUCCUUCUGUACUACAAAGCAUCCACAAACAUCCAAGACACUGAGGGUAACACUCCUCUACACUUAGCCUGUGAUGAGGAGAGAGUGGAAGAAGCAAAACUGCUGGUAUCCCAGGGAGCAAGUAUUUACAUUGAGAACAAAGAAGAAAAGACACCCCUACAAGUGGCCAAAGGGGGUCUGGGUUUAAUACUUAAGAGAAUGGUAGAAGGGUAAACAGUUUGGAUUUAUUCUUACAUUGUAUGUUUUGUGAUUGUUCUCAAUAUCCUGUCAACUGAUAUACUUGUGCACAAGGUAUCAUCCAUGAAUGAUGAAUUCUUUUCAUCUUCAAAGUGUUAUAAACAUGUUGAAUAGUGUUUCUUCUGAGGUUUUUGUCCUAAGCUUACAACUUGAUUUCCAGGCAUUGAAUAACUGUUGAGAUUGUUCUAGUAUUGCUGUAUAUUAUUCUAUAUUGAAUUUUGAUUAAUUUUGAGUAACUAUUCUUUGACUGUUGUGAGUCUUCAGCACCCUCCCAUGCACUGUCCAUCUGCAUUUGAGGCAGAACAACCUCAGUAGCACCAGGCCAGUUGUUCUGCCAAAUGUUUCUAGGUGGAUUCUAGAAUGUUCCUCUGUACAAUUAAAACACAUUCUAAUUCAUUUUGCAAGCUCACUUACCAAAUAUUGGCCUAUACCAAAUAUUUGUGUUUUGUCAACAAUAUAGUUUAAUUUAUUUUUGUUAUAGGAGGAAUACUUAUGUAUUUUAGAGGACCAAGUUUUCAGUUUGGCAGAUACGCUGUCCAAGUUUGGCAUUCAUAAAUGCUGAAGUACUGAAAAAUAAUUGUCCAUGUAUCCAUGUAUCUCUUUAAUGAGCUAUUUCCCUCCAAAAUAAAAUGUAUUGUUUCUAAAA